AUGCCUGCUUGGAAAACCUUCCUUACACUGGCUUUGGCCGGUUCCGCGGCCUCCUGCGCGCACCACGAUAACGGCGAGGUAGUGCCCGAACAUGAGCGAGCGGAAUUACUCAAGAAGUGGGAUCAGGAGUGGUCCUUCUCCGGCAUUGCCAGCUUCGCCCACCUGAAGCCGGUCAAGUGUCUUAUCGAGCCCGAUGAGCACUACGACAUUGCCAUUAUCGGCGCGCCAUUUGAUACAGCUGUCAGCUACCGACCAGGAGCCCGCUUCGGCCCACGCGCAAUCCGCGCCGCGAGCGCGCGCCAAAUGGCCGCAACAAGCUACAACACACGCGCGGGACUGAACCCAUACCAAUCGUGGGCUAAGAUCACCGACUGCGGUGACAUCCCUAUCACACCGUUCGACAACGGGCUCGCCGAGCGGCAGAUGUACGAAGCGUUCCUUGAGCUAGGGUCCCGCCGGAUCGUGAACAAGGCACCGAAGGCGAACGGGAUCGGCGCCAAGCACCCCAAGCUCGUAACGCUUGGUGGAGACCACAGUGUUGCGCUGCCCGCGCUGCGGGCUCUGUACCAGAUCUACCAGAAGCCGAUCACAGUCGUUCACUUCGAUGCCCAUCUCGAUACAUGGAAUCCUGUUCGGUACAGCGCGUACUGGCAGUCCGAGCAGACGCAGUUUAACCACGGGUCGUUUUUCCACAAGGCUAGUCGGGAGGGACUGAUUUGUAAUUCUACGUCUGCACAUGCGGGACUGCGGACUCGGCUUACUGGUGUUGAUGCGGGGGAUUAUACGAAUCCCGGGCCUGAGCAGGGAUUUAUUCGGAUUCAUGCGGAUGAUAUUGAUGAGCUUGGGCCCAUGGGUGUUGUUGAGACGAUUCUUGCUCGUACCGGGAUUGAUCCUGAGCAGCCUGUUUAUCUUUCUGUUGAUAUUGAUGUUUUGGAUCCGUCGACGGCGCCGGGGACGGGGACGCCUGAGCCUGGUGGUUGGACUACGCGGGAGUUUAUUCGGAUUCUGCGUGGGUUGGAGAAGUUGAAUAUUGUCGGCGCGGAUAUUGUGGAGGUUUCGCCGGCUUAUGAUAAUAAGGGGGAGACUACUGCUCUUGCGGCGGCGCAGGUUGCUUUUGAGAUUAUUACUAGUCUUGUUAAGUCUGGUGUUGAUGAGGAGCUUGGUGGGUGGUAUGGGUGGAUGGAGCAGGAGGGAGCUCAGGAGAAGAAGGAGGGUAAGGAUGAGCUUUGA